AUGAGAGAUACACCAGGAGGGGUGGCUAUCUAUAAGCCCUGGGCACACAGAGACGUACAAACCCUAGUGGAUGCCCUGCCUGCACCAGAUGAGUCUGGUGACAGAUGGGUAAAGGCUUUUGAAAGUUUAACGGCUGCAGAUGAGCUCACAAUAGGAGACCUGGCAACGGUGAUGAACAGAUGCAUGGGGGACCAAGAGUGUCGCGAGAUCUUCGGCACAGGAGGAGUGAGAGGACGAGUGGCAGCAGCAACCCAGUUUGAUCAACACCGUGGUCAGGUAUGGGACGCUAUAAGACGCAAAUACCCAACUAAACCAAGACCUCAGCUGAUGAAGAGUUUGACACUGGGAGGGGACAAGCUGUGUCUGUGGCCCAGAGAACCUCAAUUUUGGAGCAUCCCAAACCCACCACUGUACAACACCUUUUGUCCUUUCUUAGCCUUACUGGUUACAGCAGAACACACGUGCCAGAAUAUUGUCUCAAGGUUGAGCCACUGCGGGCCAUCUUGAGGGAAGCAGGAAACAGAAACCUCACAGCAGUCCUGAAGUGGACUCCAGAAGCGGAAGCUGCUUUCAUUCAACUCAAACAGACACUAGCCCAGGCUGAAGCCCUCUCCUUACCUGAUUAUACCACACCAUUCUGUUUGGAUGUUUCUGAACAGGGCGGGUUUGUACACUCCAUCCUUUAUCAAAAACAAAAGGGGGAGAGGAGAGUGCUGCACUACUACAGUGCGAAAUUGGACAACAUUGAGACAGGGCAAACUGACUGUGCCAGACAUAUGGCUGCACUCGCCAAAGCUGUAGGGAAGACAGCUCACAUUGUGAUGAGACACCCACUGGAAAUCAACACAGAUCAUGCGGUGACCGCCUUUAUAGGCUCAAAACUAUUCACCCUCUCCAGCAAAAGGAAAUCCAGCAUAACAAAGGCCAUUACAGCACGACACAUUACAUAUGUAACAACAGCGACCAACAUGACGGACGGCAUGGGCCUUGGAGAACCACAUGUCUGUGAGGAUAGAGCAGCUAAACAGAUCAAAGUCCGAAUGGACCUGCAAAACUCACCCUGGGAAGGGAACAAGAUCACCCUGUUUACGGAUGGAUGCUGCUACAGGUCAAAGGACCCAAAGGAAGGAAACAUUGCUGCUUACGCUGUAGUGAAACAGGACACAGAAGGAGGACAUGAGGUAUUGGAAGCAGCAAAAUUGGGUCCCAAUGAAGCCUCAGCACAACUAGCAGAACUCAGGGCACUGAGGAGAGCACUCCAACUGAGCAAGGGAAAGGAGGUGGACAUUUACACGGACUCUGCCUAUGCACAUGGGAUUGCGCACAUUGAUGGACCACCAGCUCGAAUGAGCCCAUCAAACAUAAGGUUGAGGUACAGAUGCUUAUUGGAGCAAUCCAGUGGCCGAAACGGGUGUCAAUAAUGAAGUGUAAAGGACACAGCAAAGAAAGUACGAAGGUACGCGAGGGAAAUGAUCGAGCUGACCAAGCGGCUAAGGAGGCAGGAGGAUACACUGCUCAACAGAUGGUACAGAGAGCAACCCAAGGCCAAGAGGAUCUAACAGAAGAUACAGUAAGGCAGCUACAAGAAGCAGCUGAUGUCUACGAACAGAACAUGUGGAGCAGGCAGGGAGCAAGGAGGGACCACCAAGGAAUCUGGAGGUCUCAUACAGGAAAAACAGUGGCACCUGCAAAACUUCUCAGGUCGGUCAUAAGGGAAGAACACGAGAAGGCACAUGGAGGAUGGAAAGGUGUUGCAAAGGCGGUUGAACGGGCAUGGUGGCAUCCACACAUGUUGGACCUGGCAAGAGAGAUAUCAGAAAUUGUGAAGUAUGCAAACAGUAUAACAACAAAGUGUCACUCGGAGCAGUGAUAGGCAGUUUCCCAAUACCUGACGCGCCAUUUCAAGACAUUUGCAUAGAUUUCACGGACAUGGGACAGGACAACAGAGUGGAAGGAAAAAGAUACCUGUUGGUAAUGGUUGACAGAUUCACCAGAUGGGUGGGAGCCAUCCCCACAGCAAGGGAAGAUGCAAAGGCUGUGAUUAAAUGGCUGAGGAGGGACCUCAUCCCAAGAUUCGGGGUCCCGCGAAUGAUCCGCUCUGAUAACGGUACCCAUUUCAAGAAUGAACACCUGAGGGAGGUAGAGCAGGCCCUAGUAAUCACCCACAAGUUUGGGUCAGUGUAUCACCCCCAGUCGCAGGGUCUGGUAGAGAGAGCUAACCAAACGCUGAAACGAAAAAUUGCCAAAAUCAUGGCCGGAACUAAGCUAAAAUGGGUAGAUGCUCUGCCCCUAGCUCUGAUGUCAAUGAGGAACUCACCUGGGUCUGACACCCAUUUAACGCCUCAUGAACUCAUGACAGGGAGUCGAAUGCCAGGACCACCAGCAGACAAUCUUAGCAUGCCUAGACUAGACAUUGCAAAAAUCAGAUACACAGACUACAUGCAGGCGCUAACCUCUCUUGUUGAAAGACUGUCCAAACAGGUGGUGGAGGUUCGCACUCCUGCUGUCGAGACUACAGACGAGAACAGAGACAUCCUGGUGGGAGAUUGGGUGAGAGUGAAGGUGCACUCCAGGAAGUGGACGGAACCAAGGUGGGAAGGCCCAUACCAGGUGAAAGAGGUGUCAAGUCACUCAUUACGAGUAAGUACUGACAAAAAAUACACUUGGUACCAUCGCACACACUGUGCGAAAGACACAGGCCCGGAUAGAACAUUACAACAGACUAUAACGGACAUUGCUGAUUCCCAAUAA